AUGGCGUCCUCCAAGCAUUCAAAGGGAUCGAGUCAGCCAAAUGACAGCUUCCCAACACAACCAGAUACAUCCGAAGCGGAGGCUGCCUUGAGAGCGAAACUGUCUCGGAAGCGCACAAAGACCGGAUGCCUGACAUGCCGCAGACGCCGCAUCAAAUGCGGUGAGGAGCGGCCCAUCUGCAGGAAUUGCAUCAAAAGCAAGCGCAACUGCGAAGGGUACAACCAGCGCGUUGUGUUCAAGCCUCCCAGCUUCGACUUCCAACCUGGUCCCCAUGGCGGGACUCAUAUCACGUUCCAAGCAGGUCCAGCGCUAGGUCCCGCGAUCCCGUGGGCCAUGGAGUAUGGCCAUGCUGCAGCACCACAACCCGAUCAACAACAACCAAUGUUCUUCUUCGGCAGUGGGCAGCAACAGCAGUAUGGCUUUCAUCCCCAGGAGCCUCAGUAUCAACCUCAACAACCAACUCCACCCGCAAAUCAGGUGCCUCAGACCCAGAUACCAAUGCAAUAUCGUUCCGAGGGCACUACGCUAUCCCAACACAACCUUCCCCUACACAACACUUCGCUACUCCAUAGCACGACGCCGGGGUGGGAAGUCCCUGGAGGCGCGCCCAUGUAUCCUUCCGGGUCUAUGCAAUUCUCACCACAAGUGCCGACUCCAAGAUACGCACCAACCGACUGGCCACCAGCGCCCACCAUGAAACAGGAACAGAGCUGGGAGACCGUUCCGCCAACGCCUUUGACCAUGCCUCCUCACGAAUCACCGAGCUCAAGUCACUCUUCGCGAACCCUUGCUGGAAGUCAUCCAACAGCUUUCGAAGGCUCACCGCAACCAUGGCUUACGAAUGGUCAUGUACCACGUCCUGAAUUGUGUCGACCUGUCGACUACCGACCCCCGCCCGCUCCUCCACAACCCAUCCACCAACAAUACACCCAUCAUCAGACGUCGAUUCCACCUCACUACGAUGCACCGGAAUUUUACGAGCACGAAGACCAUGCAGAAUCCUCAAGAACACCAACACGAUUUCUCCAACAAGCGGCAGUGGAGACGUACGAUGAUGAGUACUACGACGUAAAGUCAGAUGAAGAGUUGGUCUCAGGCAUGUCGCUGGCAAUACCAGGAGAGCAAAAUCUUCAACUGUCUUUCCAAAGCAUCAUCAACGCGAACAACAUUGUCAUACAGGACCCGCAGACACGUCGAUACGACACGUUCAUUUACCCGGGCAUGCUGGACCGCUACCGGCCUGACGAAGUCGCGAACCCCUUGAACAACGAGGCGACCGCACGGCUUUUCUUCCAUUUCGUCGCGGUCACGGGCCCCAUGCUUUCGAUCUACGAGCGUCAGGUACGCAAUACGUCCAUGCUCUUCACGGAAGGUCAGAUACCAUUUUCGCAGCAGGGCCUCUGGACAUACACAAUGCCGCAAGUGGCAUUGAAGAACAAGGGUCUGCUGCACGCUAUGCUUGCUCUUGCAAGUCUACACGUCGCGAGGUUGACGAAUGCAUCUGACACGCCAUCUUACCAACACUACGCCUGGGCCUUGAAACGAAUCCACUCUAGCGUCGCCAGAGAGAAGCAACGAUAUGCCGUACCCACGAUAGCAGCGUCGAUGCUUUUGGGCUUCUAUGAGGUCAUGACGGCCGAUCACGUCAAGUGGAAUACACACCUCAUGGGCGCCAAACAGUUGUUCCUAGAGACAGACUUCUGCACAAUGACCAAGCAGUUCAGGCGGAUGAAGGAAGAAAGAGCUGGCCCGCGUAACGGCAAGAGAAAGUACUCUAACAUGUCUCAAACGCAAGGUGAGAUUCUCGAUCAGAUUCACGACGUCGAUGAGCGCCUGGUGAGCGAGUUGUCGGGGCGUGAGGUCAAGUAUGAUGCGCACGGACAGAUUUUGACUGCCAGCGAGACCAUACCAAAACCUCUGGAUCUGCAUAGUUUUGAGAUUCUGAGGGAUUUGUAUUGGUGGUUCUUGAAGCAAGAUGCGUAUCAGAGCAUCAUCAGCGGCAACCCGCCUAUGCACAACUACAACCGCUGGACUGACUGCCCUCCACGUGCACCACUCGGCAAAGCCGAUGCCGUCUAUGGGACUUUUGACCACCUAAUACUACUGCUUGGACGGAUCGCGGACUUCUCGGCCAGGGACCGUACGCGGAAACUGCGAGUUAUGGAAGCGAAUGGCGGACAGUGGCGGCCACCUCAGGCCACGAAUAUACCCGGCCUGUCGCAGGCAGCUCCUCCGACACCUGUGUCAGCGGGGGGUGGGCAGCCACCAAGUCAUCCAGGCUUCUCCGGGCCACCACCAGCGGCUGCAAAUCCUCCAGAAGGUCCACAGUUCUUUGGUAUGGCACCUCCGCCGCGGCAGAACGUGCAGAUGCCGUCGUCCUACAGGAACCUCCACACCAACAAAAUCCCAACCCCGGAAGCAGCCUCUCCACAAGACUUUGUCGAUCUCAAUGCCGCGACUCAAGCUGCAAUGCAAGAGUACGGUCGCAUUCGCACUGCCCUUUUUUCCUUCUCAAGCAAGCUCGGCGACCGCUUCAAGCCUUUGACUGCCGACUACCAGCCGCCGCUGGCGACUCCCUUCGGCUCUGCCCUAUUCUACCGCAGCUACGACAUCGGCUGCAUCUGGGCCAUCUACCACAUGGCCAUGAUCAUGGCCAUCCGCUCGCAUCCCAACAUGCCCCCUGCAGCGCACGCCGCCGCCGCGGUCGCCGCCGGUGAGACCCACUUCUUCGCCAACGAAAUCGGCCGGAUCACGGCAGGGAUUGCUCCUACCUCCCUCAACCAGUCUCUGAACCCCGGUCUAGGCGCUGCUCUCUCCGAAAGCAGCAUGGCGACGUUCUUCGCGGCUAUCCAAUACCAAGACGCCGAACAGCGCCGCUACACCGUCGAACGGCUGAAGGAUAUCGCCCAGCUCACCGGAUGGGGCAGCACCGAGCUCAUCGCGAAUGGCUGCGAGACGGCGUGGGUGAAGGCUGCUGCUGCGGGGAGAGGACCGCCGUACACGAGGAUCGCGAGGAAAGUGCAGAGUGAUGAUCCGCGGCUGAAUGGGAGUUGGGAGCACUUGGACCCGAACAUGCGGCCGGUUGAGCAAGACAAGGCGGAUAGGCGGUUGGUGCCGACGGAGGGCACUGCGAGGUUGAGUUGGGCGAUUGGGAUUAUGGGGACGGAGGAGGAUGAGGUGGUGAAGGGGGAUGGGUGA